CAUGAUUUCACUCAAUAGUCAACAAUAACUCCCUAUUUUUAUGAAGCCAUAUUUUUACAUAAAUACUCCCACUUUCUUAUUCAAAACAAAUCCUUAUUUCUCUUUUAUCUUCAAACAUGGUUGAAGGUGGAAUUAUAAAGGCAGACAAAACAGAAUUCACAGAAUGUUUCAGAACAAUCAGGAAAACUCCUUAUAUUAUGAGAAUUGCCUUUUCUGCUGGCAUUGGUGGUCUUCUCUUUGGUUAUGACACUGGUGUUAUUUCUGGGGCUCUGCUUUAUAUCAGAGAAGAUUUCAAAGAAGUGCAAAGAAAAACAUGGUUGCAGGAAACAAUAGUGUCAACGGCAGUGGCAGGAGCAAUUAUUGGAGCAGGAGUAGGAGGAUGGCUAAAUGAUAAAAUAGGGAGAAAACCAACAAUUAUAAUAGCAGAUAUUCUGUUCUUCAUUGGAGCUUUGAUAAUGGCAUCAGCACCAGCUCCAUGGAUGAUCAUUCUUGGAAGAAUAUUUGUAGGUUUGGGUGUUGGCAUGGCUUCCAUGACUUCACCCUUAUACAUAUCUGAGACUUCCCCAACCAGGAUUAGAGGUGCCCUUGUUAGCACUAAUGGGUUGCUCAUUACUGGUGGCCAAUUCUUAUCUUACCUCAUCAAUCUUGGUUUCACUCAAGUCAAAGGAACUUGGAGAUGGAUGCUGGGGGUGGCUGCAGUUCCAGCAUUUUUGCAAUUUAUCUUAAUGUUGUCUCUUCCUGAAUCUCCCAGAUGGCUCUACAGAAAGGGUAAAGUCUCACAAGCCGAGGCCAUCUUGGCAAGAAUCUACCCCGAAGAAGAAUUAGAAGACGAGAAGAAAGCACUCAAGGCAUCCAUAGACUCAGAAAGGGCACAGGAAGAAUCAUUUGGUGGAGGUGGUGUGCUAAACAAAGUCAGGAAAGUUUGGGAAAACCAAGUAUUUAGAAGAGGGCUAUAUGCUGGAGUGACAGUUCAAGUGGCUCAACAGUUUGUGGGUAUCAAUACAAUCAUGUACUACAGCCCAACGAUAGUACAGUUAGCCGGGUUUGCUUCAAAGAGCACCGCAUUAGCUCUGUCUUUGAUCACCGCAGGCCUAAAUGCAGUUGGUUCGAUUGUGAGCAUGAUGUUUGUGGAUAGACAUGGUAGAAGACGGCUUAUGAUUGUGUCCAUGUUUGGGAUCAUUACUUGCUUGGUAGUGUUGGCUAUUGUUUUUUAUCAAGCUGCAGAACAUGCUCCUAGUAUAAGUUAUGCUGAAUCUACCCAUUUUGGCCUGAAUUCUACUUGUCCUGCUUUCAACUCUGCUCAAAAUCCUGCUUCUUGGAACUGUAUGACUUGUUUGAAAUCUGCCUCACAUUGUGCUUUCUGUGCAAACAAAGCCGGAAAUGGGUUGCACCCAGGAGCAUGUUUGAGGAACACAGAUGACUUAAAAGAUGCAUGUAAUGGACAACAAAGAGUGUACUUUACAGAAGGUUGUCCAAGCAAAUUGGGGUAUUUGGCAGUCAUACUAUUAGGAGUAUACAUUAUUUCUUACUCCCCAGGAAUGGGAACAGUACCAUGGAUUGUCAACUCAGAAAUAUACCCUUUAAGGUACAGAGGAAUUGGUGGAGGAAUAGCUGCAGUGGCUAACUGGACAUCAAACCUCAUUGUAAGUGAAACAUUCUUGACUCUAACUCAAGCCUUAGGCUCAGCAGGAACCUUCCUCUUGUUCGCCGGGUUCUCGGUCAUAGGCUUCAUUUUCAUCUACUUGUUGGUGCCUGAAACUAAAGGACUGCCCAUUGAAGAAGUGGAGCAUAUGCUUGAAAAAGGGUAUAAGCCUAAGUUGUUUGGUGGGUGUCAAAAAUCAGAACAAAAGCAUUGAAUCUUGAUGAAUUAUUCACUUAGAAAAUUUAGUCAUAGUUUCUUUACUUGGCCAUUUAUCUUCAAGUAUGUGCUUGUUUUUGAAUUAGAAAUUUUGGUUGUAAUGGAAGUGUAUGAAAACUAGUUAAUUAACUAAUUCAAUUUUUUAGUUCGAGUGUGCA